ACAAACAAAGAAGCUGUCAGAACCGACAUGCGCUUUGCUUAAGGGGUAUCCGUCGUUUGACAGCAAGGAUGUCAACAAAUUACCUACAUUUAGAUACACAUUUUACUCUGUGUCCUACAAAUGUAGAUGGGCAACUAUACGAUGUUAGCCUUAAAGUACGGAAUUUUUGAUAUUUGCAGAAUAACACGCUGUGUUCCAAAGAGGACGUAUGCAUGGAGUUUAAACAAACCUUUCUGGGACUCCUACACACGAAACUCCUCGAAGUUAUCUGCAAAGAACUUCAGAGGUCACAAGUCACUAUGCCACGGACUUGUUAAGACACAGUAUGGACAACGAAUGGUUUACCCCUUGCUAUGUAGAACGUUUUCAAAAUCACUGCGUAAGUUAAAGAGUAAAACGUACUCAGGGGACAGUGAGGAAGAGGAGGAUGGACAAGAUGAUGUCAUUGAUGAUAGCGAGGUAGAGGAACUCUUCCAGCAACAUAUUCCGUCAGGUAUCGGAGAUGGAGACCACCGGAUCUUCAUCGUCCAUCCGGAUGUGAAAUGGGGGAAGAAAAAACAGUACCUGACCACAGCCAAUCUGAUGAUGGAGGAGGCGGUGGGUCUGGUGAACACUUUGCAGAACUGGAGAGUGGUGGACAAGAUCAUCCUCUCCACCAAGACUCCCGAGAGUAAGAGGAUCUUCGGCAAGGGGAACUUUGAGAUUCUCACAGAGCACAUCAGGAGAACGCCAGGUGUGACAGCUGUGUUCGUCAACGUGGAGCGUCUGUCCCCUGUCUCUGAGAGGGAUUUGGAGGAAGCCUGGGGUGUGAAGGUGCUUGACAGAUAUUCAGUAGUCCUUCACAUCUUCCGGUGCAAUGCUCGAACCAAGGAGGCCAAACUUCAGAUCUCUCUGGCAGAGAUACCAUUGUUACGAUCUCGUUUAAAACAUGAAGUGUCUAACUUGGACCAGCAAGGAGGAGGCUCCAGAUACAUCAUGGGUUCAGGCGAGACUCUGUUGGAGGUGCAGCAGAGGCUGUUGAAGGAGAGAGAGCUGAAGAUCCGGUCGGCUCUGGAGCGCCUGAGGAGGAAGAGGCACCUUCUCCGGUCCCAGCGCAAACACCGAGACUUCCCCAUCAUCUCCGUCAUGGGCUACACCAACUGCGGGAAGACGACCCUGAUCAAAGCGCUGACGGGCGACGCGGCGCUGCAGCCCAGAGACCAGCUGUUCGCCACCCUGGAUGUCACCGUCCACGCGGGCCCGCUGCCCAGCCGCAUGACCGUGCUGUACGUCGACACCAUCGGCUUCCUGUCCCAGCUGCCCCACCAGCUCAUCGACUCCUUCUCCGCCACGCUGGAGGACGUGGCGCACUCUGACCUCAUAUUACAUGUCCGAGACAUCAGCCAUCCGGAGACGGUCAACCAGAAGGUGAACGUGCUGAACGUCCUGAAGAACAUGCAGAUCCCAGAGAAGCUGCUCAGCUCCAUGAUAGAGGUCCACAAUAAGACUGACCUGGUCGACAACUACGAGCUGUCUGAGCCCAGCGCCCUGCCCAUCUCUGCCUUGAGAGAGCAUGGCCUUGAGACACUGAAGCAGACUGUCGAGGAGGCGAUUGUGAAGUCAACAGGAAAACAAGUCUUAGCCCUCAGAGUAGACCUUAGCAGCUCCCAGUUAAGUUGGUUGUACAAGGAGGCAACCGUCCAGGAGGUGAACGUUGAGGCAGAUGAAGGCUCCGCUGUCGUCAAGGUGAUCAUCAGUGCAGCUGCACAUGGACGCUACAAAAAACUGUAUCCACAGUUAGCAACGCAGCAUCAAGACGGUUAGCAACCCAGUUUGCACUCAUGUAAACCAAAUUGAACUUUGACAUCUGCCUUAUGACAGAUAUGACAGACUGAAAUGUAUUUGUAAUAUCAUGAAAUAUACUGAAGGAAAUUACACUGUCUUGGAUGGUAUCAUAAGAUGUAUUUAUUGUAUAUCUUUGAAAAACAGUAAAGUAACAAUGUAUUUUGCAUACAA